UCUCACGUCUCUCUGGCUCCCCCUGCAGGUGGACGGGGACAUGCAUCUUCUCAUCACCGGCCCCAAUGGCUGCGGGAAGAGCUCCCUGUUCCGGAUCCUCGGGGGCCUCUGGCCGGCCUACGGGGGGGUCCUCUACAAACCGCCCCCCCAGCGCAUGUUCUACGUCCCCCAGAGGCCCUACAUGUCGGUGGGCUCCCUGCGGGACCAGGUGAUCUACCCCGACACCGCCCAGGACAUGGCGCGGAAGGGGCUGACGGACGCCCACCUGGAGCAGAUUCUCAACGUCGUCAGCCUCAACUACAUCGUCCAGCGGGAGGGAGGUGGGUGCGGGGGCCAUGGGGGAAUGGGGCAGA